AUGCGCAGUGCAGACGGUCAGAUGCUCCUUGCAAACAAGUCGUCCAUCCUAAACCGUUGGUCGGAGCAUUUCCAGCCCAUCCUCCGUGCUAAUCGCUCGAUCCAGGAACCAGAAAUUCUCCGCAUACCCCAACGACCUAAACGCUUCUUCGAAUUCUUUUUCUUCUUAGAAUUCUCCUUCUUUUUCUUCGAAUUCUUCUUUUUUGAAAUCUUCUUAGAAUUCUACUUUCUCUUCUUUUUCGAAUUCUCCUUCUUAUUCUUAUUCUUCGAAUUCUUCUUCUUCUUCCAAUUCUUCUUCGAACGCUCCUUCCUCUUCUUCUUCUUAGUUUUGGUUUUCUUCUUCUUUUCUUCUUCUUCUUUUUCAUCUUCUUCCUCUUCGAAUUCUUCUUCUUCUUCAAAUUCUUCGAAUUUUUUUUCUUCUUCUUCUUCUAGUUCUUCUUCGAAUUCUUCCAAUUCUUAUUCUUAUUCUUCUUUAACUUUUUCUUCUACUUCUUCUUCGAAUUCUAUUUCUUCUUCAUCUUCUUGGAAUUCCCCUCAUGAUUGGGGGACAUCGGUUCACUUUUGCGGCACUGGCGUCAGGAAUCUUGCUGCGGCUUUGGGAAUCAAGUUGCUAAGGAUCAAAACUCUCUCCCUCUCUUUCCGUCUCCCUCUGUAUAAUUCUCUCUCCUCUCUCGCUCUCUCCUCUCUCGCUCUCUCCUCUCUCGCUCUCUCUCUCUCUUCUCUCUCUUAUUCCCAUAUCUCUCUCUCUCUCUCUUCCUUCUCUUCUCUCGUUUUUUCUCUCUCUCUCUCUUACUUUUUCACCUUUUCUCUCUGUUUUUUCUCCUCUUUCUUGUCUCUCUCCGUGCUACUCCCUUCUCUUUCUCAUUCUCUCUUUCUCUCUGUCCGCCCUUCUCUCUUCACUUUAUCUCCGUUCUCUCUCUUUUUCUUUUCUCUAUUUCUCUCUUCACUUCCUCUGCUUCUCUGUCUCUCUUCACGCGCUAUCUCUCUCUCGCUUUCUCGUCUACAUCUCUCUUCUCUCUCUUUCUCUUCUAUCUCUCUUUCUCUUUUCUAUCUCUUCUUCUCCCCUCUUUCUCUCUGUUCUCUCUCCUUCUCUCUUUCUUUGCUUUCUUUCAUUCUCUUCUCCCUCUCUCUCUUCUCUCCCAUUCUCUCUCUUUUUCUCCCUCUCUCUUCUCUGACUUUCCCUUCUCUUUCUCUCUUCUCUCUCACGCUUUCUCUCUUUUCUCUCUCUCUCUCUUUAUUCUUUCCUCUGUCUCUCUUCCCACUCUUAUUUAUUAAAAAAAAUAUCCCUGAGGGUGUCUUUUCUUUUUCCUCUUCUUUUACACCUUUCCUUUUACUUUCUCCUCUUUCUUUUCCUUUCUCCUCUUCCUUUUCCGCUUUUCUUCUUCUUCCUCCUCUUCUCUUCCUUCAUUUCUUAUCCUUUUUCCUCUUCUUUUUCCGAUUUUCUUCUUCUCUCCCCUCUUCUCUUCUUGUCUUUCUUUUCCUUUCUCCUCUUCCUUUUCCGCUUUUCUUCUUCUUCCUCCUCUUCUCUUCUUUCAUUUCUUUUCAUUUUUCCUCUUCUUUUUUCGGUUUUUUCUUCUCCUUUCUCCUCUUAUCUCUCCGGCUUUCUUUUCCUUUCACCUUUUAUCCGCUUUUGCUCUCCUCUCUUUUUUUCUCUCCCUGCCUUUCUUUUCCUUUUCCCCUCUUAUUUUUCCGAUUUUCUCCUCCUCUCCCCUCUUCUUUUCUUGCCUUUCUUUUUCUUUGUCUUCUUUUUUCCGGUUUUCUUCUUCUUCCUUCUCUUCAUUUCUUUUCCUUUUUCCUCUUUCUUUUCCGUUUUUCUUCUUUCUUCUGUUUUCUUCUCGAAUUUUUUUUUCUUCUCGAAUUUUUCCGCUUGCUAUAA